GAGGUUUUUUACAACAAAAAUAACUUCUGAGGGAAGUCAAAAUUCAAAUAACUUUUGGGGGGUUUUUGCAUUUUUCCCUAAAUAAAAGCUCGGUUAGACAUGGCUCCUUUUCUCCUCUUCUUUCUGCUCAGAAAUGUAGUGGGAAGGAAAGCAAUGGAGGCUUGUUGCCCAAAAGGCGCCAGUGGAUCGCGUGGGUUGCGUAGAUCCGGCACUAAUCUUACCUCAAAAGGGGCGCUGUUUGUUUAAAGUACGUUCUUUUCCCUGAAACCUUUUUAAGUUUUUCCCCCUAGAUAGAAAGAGUAAGCGGCAGCAAAAUCAAAGGCCGAUAGAAAGAGUAAAAAACGGAAACGACCUUGGGGCCAAAAGAGGAAAAACCACCAGGAAUGAGCUGAGGGAGGUUGCACUGCUGCACUAAGCAAUCUCUCUGCUGCACUAAGCAAUCCUCAGCAUGUGCUGUUUUAAUCUAUUCGGUUCUUUUAUACGGCUUCCUUUUCUGCGUAUAUGAUGUGAUUAUAGUCAUGCUAGAUAUGCAUUGUUUAAUAUUUCAGAUGAUGUUACUUUGACCAUAAGAAAGUUCGAAUGAUACCCGUCUUUGUUAGUUUUUAUCACCUGACCUAAUGUUGUUUGACCUUCUCUAAUCUGGUGGUCUUAAGAUUACUGCGGGAUUACACUGGGUAAGAUACAGUUAACCUAGCUGACCACAACCACAUUUUGGACUAGGGAGCACAAGAAUAUUCUUUCCGGAUGAGAUGAAUCAGCUUCCUUCUGACGGAAUAUCACGCUGGUUGCAUUGAGAUCAGCUUGAUCACAUUGAUGACUACUCAAAAACGGUGCAUCUCUUCUACAGCUAGUUUUCCGCCGCUGAUUUUUGGUUCAGAGAAUAAUGCGUUACAGUAAACGCUGCAUUGCUGCCGAUCUGAAACAUCCAUCCUGAAACCAACCGUCGGAUCACCGAGCAAGACCAAACCGGAGACAGCACUGCAUGUUAGCUGCCCCUCCAUUUCACAUUGCGUUGUAUUAAUGGAUAAGCUAAUAAACGCUGCAAGCGACUGGAUUACCAACCCAUGGACCAAAAAGUCCCGAAACAUGGUGUGGGGCAGACGAGAUACUGGCCCGGAAAACACACGCAGGGGCAAAGCUAGGUAGAACAGGGUGAUGUAUUGGCAUCAGAGUAAAUUAAAAUUUUAAUAAUUAUUAUUUUAUUUUGACUAUAUAUACAUCAGAGUAAAUUGAGUUUUAAAAUUAAUAUUACUUUGAAUUAUGUAUUUGGCACCAUCAUUUGAGUUCUAACUUCACCCCUGAAAAGAUGGUCGCAUUAUAUUUACGUUUUAACAAGCCUCGAUCCGAGUCAGCACAGCGACGAAGGAACAUCCAUCCAUCCGCUGUUGCCGGUGAGCCUUAGCCCUUAAGCUUCUCGCCCGGUAGUCCCCUUCCCGCUCCCCACCCGCCAUCCGCCUAUAAUAAAAGGACGGCGCGCGCGCAGCCGUCACUCCCGACGUGACUGAUCACCACAGUUUCCAACGCGGAUCACGUCGCUGCACGAGUAGCACUAGCACGUACGGCUGCGACGAGGAAGCGAUUCUUUAUGGACGGCGUGGGCGCGGGAAUCUACCGGCUGCCGGAGGAGUGCGUAGCGUACGCCAUCUCUCUGACGACGCCCGGCGACGCGUGCCACUCGUCCGCGGUAGUGUCGCCUGCCUUCAAGGCCGCCGCGGACGCCGCCGCCGUCUGGGCCCGGUUCCUGCCGCCCGACCACGCCGCCAUCCUGGCCGGGGCCGACGAGCCCGUCGACUGCGAGUCCAAGAAGGAGCUCUUCUCGCGCCUCUGCGACCGCCCUGUCCUCCUCGACGGCGCCACCAUGAGCUUUGGGUUGGUGAGACGGAGCGGGAAGAAAUGCUUCAUGCUGUCGGCGAGAGCGCUGAGCAUUGUCUGGGGAGCUGAUCCUGCGUGCUGGAUAUGGACCGCUAGCCUUCGAGGAUCAAGGUUUCCGGAGGUCGCCAAGCUCGUCAACGUGUGCUGGCUUGACAUCACCGGGAAGCUCAAGCUCUCGUUGCUCACUCCCCGGACAACCUAUGCCGCCUACCUUGUCUUCUGGCCUGCCUUCAAGGCCAUCGCGGACUCCGACGCCGUCUGGGCCCGGUUCCUGCCGCCCGACCACGCCGCCGUCCUGGCCCGGGCCGACGACCCCGUCGACUGCGAGUCCAAGAAGGAGCUCUUCUCGCGCCUCUGCGACCGCCCUGUCCUCCUCGAUGGCGCCACCAUGAGCUUUGGGUUGGUGAGACGGAGCGGGGCGAAAUGCUUCAUGCUGUCGGCGAGAGCGCUGAGCAUUGUCUGGGGAGAUGAUCCUGCGUGCUGGAUAUGGACCGCUAGCCUUCCAGGAUCAAGGUUUGCGGAGGUCGCCGAGCUCGUCGACGUGUGCUGGCUUGAGAUCACCGGGAAGCUCCAGCUCUCGUUGCUCACUCCCUGGACCACCUACACCGCCUACCUUGUCUUCUCCAUCGCCGACGACUCCUACGGCCUCGAGUGCAACGUCGGUAUCCUGCCUCCAAAGGCCACGGUCACCGUCGUCUCUGGGACCAAGCCGACGGCAACGACGUCGACCGAGCACGCCAUCUGCCUUCAGCACAUGCAUGGGGAGGAGGAGACAGUCAUGCACCGGCGGAAGCAGCAGUACAUGCGCCUCCGCAAGGACUACGCCCGGAAGCUGCUGACGAGGGAGGCCGAUCCCGACAUCAGGUGCCCGCGCCGGAGGGGCGACGGGUGGGCGGAGGUCGAGUUGGGUGAGUUCGCCGUGGCGGACCAUGCUGCCUGCGGAGAGGACGGGGUGGUGGAGGUGAGCCUGAAGGAGAUUGAUAGCCGGCGGUGGAAGAGAGGGCUCAUCGUGCAUGGCAUUGAGAUAAGGCCCAAGCACACGAGCUAGGUAGCGCCUAGCGGGUUUAAUUUAGAGCAAAAGCACUGCCGAUUAAUUAGGUCCGGAAAGGAAUGAACAUGCAGCUCGAGCUCAUUCUUUUCUGGACUAGCGGCAAUUAGUUUGCAUGUUUUUGAGACGAAUUAAGCUUUUGAGUGAUACAGUGCGGACAGAUCGAUCGAGUACAAUCGAUAACUGCAAUGGCUUAUAGAUAAUCCCUCGUGCAUUUGAUCGGGACGUUAGUCGAUCAAGCUUGCUCUGUAUCUAGGACGACGUACGUGGUCCAGCUGAUGAUCAGGACGUACCACAUUAGAUUGCAAGUGUGUUCUUGUUGUAACUAGUGUUGUAAUAUUAAUUCCACGUAUUCUAAUGUGGUUGUUCAUUGUUGCAUCGAUCUGUAACUGGUCGUGCAUGCACGUAAAUUUAUUGAUUUUUAGUUGUUUA